GUCCCAUUCUGUGUUUCCCGUUUUUAUCUCGCACAUUUUUUCAAAAGGCUUCUGUGUCAGCAAUUUGCUCUCUCAUCGAAGUAGGCAACCACCACCACAGCAACAACAGUAGCACUAAUUUAGAGCACAUCAAUUUCUCUAAAUCAACAAGAAUAACAACAGCUAAUUGCAGCUCAACUAGUCAGUGGACAGUAACACCAUAUUGCAACAGCUGUGUUUAUAUUACCAAGGCUGUAAUUUAAUAGAGAGUGAGCUCAAAAUUGUUCCGAGAGCUCGAUAUCAAUACUUUUUAUUGGCCAACCACACAGAAAACAUUACUAGUAGUACUAGACAUACACUCAUUGAGAUUACCAUACUAUUAGUAUCCAUCUAUUACACAUAAUAUUGGGUAUUAUAGGACUUGCAUUUCCUUCAUCACUCUUCUACAUCCAGUUAUUAGGAUCCUUCAAAUUAUUGAACAAGCCUUCUUUACACAAAGGCAUAGCCAAUCCAAUACCAACACCAUAACCAUCCAAUACCACCAAUACCAAUACCAAUACCACCACCACUACUCACACAAUCAAUUGAUAUUAUUACCAUCUAAAAUAUAUUCAAAUGUCUCGCUCAGUUGAACAAUCAUUAGUGAAAUCAGAGGAUAUUCCUGAAGAAAGCACCAACACAAGUACCAGUAGUAGUAAUACUGAACAACAAUUAUCACCACCACUGCUGGGUGAAGAUGGUUCCUAUUCCACCAUGAAAGAUGAAGACAAUACUUCACUCACAGAAGACAAUUCCCAGGAGGAAGAUUAUGAUGAUGAAGACGAUGAUGAUGAAAAUGGUUCAAAAAGAGGUAAAAAGAAGAGAAAAUCACACUCUGAGACCAAACACAGAAAAACCUUCAUGUCCAUAGACGUUCAUGCUAUGAGGUCGUGUCUUCAUCUUAACCAAAAGGAUGCAGCAAAGAAACUAAAUGUUUCACUCAGUACACUCAAGAGAAGAUUUUAUGAAAUGAGACAUGAGCUCGGUUGUGAUAAGUGGCCAUAUCCACCUCACAGUAAAGGUUCUACACCUAUUCCAAGUAGUUCUUCUUCUGGUAGUAAGAGAAAGUCAGCAUCAACUUCUUCUUCUGAAGAUGAAGAAUCCAGUGAUGAACAAACUAUGGAUUCUAAACCAUACAAGACAAGAAGACAAUCUGUCACAUCAACCAAACGUCGUAAUUCCAUUCACAAUGAAGAUAGUACAUCGAAUAUGACAACAGAAAAUCAUAGCAAAUCAGCAACAAACCAUCUCACAAUAGAACGAGGAAGCAAAAAGCUCAAAACAGCACAUACAGGUUUUCUUUCUUCUGUUCCAGAUUACAAACAAUCUAAUCAUCAAAAUGACAAUUCUGAUUUUGUUUUUUAUAAAGACAUGUAUGAAGAACAAUCCUCUGAAGAUGAUAAUUCAAGUACUGAAAUGGGUUCAGAUGAAGAAUACAAAAAUCGAGAUUUGAAAAAGAAGUCAAAAUGUGAUCUGUCAGAGAUUAGCAAAAAAGCACAAUCAAUUGAAAAUCCUCGCGAGAAGGAAAUUUAUGGAGCUGCUGUCUUGUUGAUUGCACUUAAGCAAGAACAAAUUAUUCCAAACCUUGAUUAACCACCCUGUAAAUUCCCUUACUUUUGCGAAAAUAUUGUAAAUAAAAAAGAGAAACACACUUUUUG